CACGUGACUCUUCGGCGUCUCCUGAUUGGUCGAUCCACAACCUGGCCUCUCAUCCAACAUGGCGCCUACCCUGGUGGAGCAUGUUGUCGCAGACGCAGGAGCGUUUUUAAAGAGAGCACCUCUCCAGGAGAUCGGACAGAAUAUCUACACUCUGAAGGAUGUGGUGGAGGAGAUCAGAGACAAAGCCACCAGGAGGAGUCUGUCCUUUCUGCCCUACCAGCUUAACUUUAUAGAGCCAAACCCGGAUCACAUCAGACUGGUGACCGAGUUCUCCAAGAAGACCGGAGACUACCCGAGUCUGUCGGCCACUGACAUCAAAGUCCUGGCUCUGACCUACCAGCUGGAACUGGAGCAUGUCGGCUCACAACACCUGAAGAAGGAACCUGAAGUCAAGGUGAAUGUUCAGAGCACACGUCGCCACCCAGAGAAUUCCAUCAACGUCGCUGGAUUUCACUUCCCCUCUAAGAAGCCGGUCGACAGUUUGAGCGGCAGACAGACUCCAGCAAAAACCGAGACGUCAAACUCAGCGGGCGGCGAAGAGUUUAACACUUACAACUUCUGGAGAACGCCGCUGAUGUCCUUCGACAGCGAGCUGCUGGAGUUACUGGAUCCUGUCGACGAGCUGAACUCAAAGAACAAACACAAACAGACAGAAACACAAACAGUCAAACAGACGGUGACACAGAAGGACACACAGACGUCUUCUGACAGCGACGAGUUCAACAGCUUCCACUUCUGGAGAGAGCCGCUGCCGACCAUCGACGACAGCCUGCUGGACUUACUGAAAGAUGACAACAUCUCCAAAUCAGGCAGCGGAUCACUGCAGACAGACAAGCCAGGGAACCAAUCAGACGAUGAGGAUAAAGAGAACGAGCCUGCAGAUGAAGAAGAGGAGGAGGAGGAGGAGGAUGAUGGAGGUGGUUGGAUUACUCCCAGUAACAUCCAGCAAGUGAAGACCGACUCCGGUGAUUGGACGGCUCCUGUUGAUGUCAAAGUCGGAUGUUUGACCACCGACUUCGCCAUGCAGAACGUUCUCAUCCAGAUCGGACUUCAUGUCCUCUCCGUGAACGGGAUGCUGAUCAAACAGGCGAGGAACUACAUCCUGAGAUGUCACGCCUGCUUCAAGACGACGAGCAACAUGAACAAAGCGUUCUGUCCUCACUGUGGAAACCAAACCCUGAAGAAGGUGGCGAUGACGGUUAACGAGGACGGCAGCAAGCAGAUGCAUUUCUCCAAAAACCCCAAAGUGCUGAACUCAAGAGGACUGAAGCACGCGCUGCCUCUGCCUCAGGGAGGGAAACACGGGAACAACCCUCACCUGGUGGAGGAUCAGCGUUUCCCCCAGCAGAGACUCUCCCACAAAGCUCGCCAGAAAACCGACGUCUUCAACCCGGACUACAUGGCCGGAGGUUCGCCCUUCUGCGAGAACGACAUCUACAGCCGAGCCGCCAACCUCAACAUCAGAGACGGGCAGUGCGGGGGCGGGCGGAGACGAGCCAACCCCAACGCCACCCACAAGAAGUUUGUCAAAAAGAAGUGAAGAGCUGGAGACGCGUGGUGACGUCACCAGAGGACUUUUGUGACCUUUAAGGAUCAGACUGGAUGUUUAUCAUGUUUGAAUCUGUUUCUCCUUCAAGUACAAAACCAGCAGUUCCCUCAGUCGUCAUGUUGAGACCGAUGUAUUAAUAUAAUGUAACUCCAUUAAACCCUAAUAAAUGUUGAAACUUCA